UUUCAGGAUUGAAGUGGAUCUAGGGACGAAUGGAUGACUGAAUAUUCAUAUGAAGAGGAAAGCCAUAAAAGACAUCAGCGCCUUUGAGAACAGAAUGUUAAUGCUUGAUGGGAUGCCGGCAGUCAGAGUCAAAACAGAGCUGCUGGAAUCCGAGCAAGGGUCACCAAACGUCCACAACUACCCAGAUAUGGAAGCUGUACCCUUGUUACUAAACAACAUGAAGGCAGACCCUGCAGAGGAUUCAUUAUCUACAGACCAUUUCCAAACACAGACUGAACCAGUGGACUUGUCAAUAAACAAAGCCAGGUCAUCCCCUACAGCAGCUUCAUCUUCACCAGUUUCCAUGACAGCAUCAGCCUCCUCCCCUUCUUCUACUUCUACUUCUUCUUCUUCUAGUCGGCCAGCUUCAUCACCCACAGUAAUAACAUCGGUAUCCUCAGCGGCAUCUGUACCAUCAGUAUUAACUCCAGGUCCUCUUGUGGCCUCUGCAUCUGGUGUUGGAGGCCAGCAGUUUUUGCACAUUAUCCAUCCAGUACCACCUUCAAGCCCCAUGAACUUGCAGUCCAACAAAAUGAGUCAUGUGCACCGUAUCCCCGUGGUGGUACAGUCGGUACCUGUUGUCUAUACAGCUGUGAGAUCACCUGGGAAUAUGAACAACACUAUAGUAGUACCACUGUUGGAGGAUGGGAGAAGCCACGUCAAAGCACAAAUGGACCCCCGAGGCCUAUCUCCCAGACAAAUUAAAAGUGACAGUGAUGAUGACGACCUGCCAAAUGUGACCUUAGAUAGCGUUAAUGAAACUGGAUCUACAGCGCUCUCCAUAGCCAGAGCAGUACAAGAAGAGAGCAUGUGGGGCUGUGCCAGGUCAGCCGUUAACCCUUUUCGUUUUUUCAACUCCAGCACCUUGUUCCACAGGCUCGGCCAGAUGGGAGAUGUUUGGCAGCUGGAGGACCCAGAUGCCAAAUUCUGGAAUACAGCUUUCCUGUAUUGGCAU